UGUGCAGAUGGGGAAAAGUGACUUUAGUUUAGCUCUAUGGAUCCAGAUAGCAGUUUAUAAGUUGAGUAAAUGGAAAAAAGCUUGGCACGUGGGCUGUCUGCAUAAUGCUUCUCAGGUGGUUGGCUUAUAAACUCUAGAUGGGUGAGUGAGAAAAGCUAGAACUUGAAAACCAGUAACUUCAGUUGCUCUGUUCAUCAGUUGCUCCAUAUUUUGACUGUCACUGGUCCGUCUGGCAAUUUUUGUAAAUCUGGCACCUCGGACCGACGAUUCUACUCUUUUCCUCAUCUCUCAUGGAACGUGGUUACCCAAGCACAAAUCAUAUCUUAACACCUGGUAAUACUGACAUCGCCCACCACUUAACCAGGGCACAUAGCUGGAGUCCGCAUCAGGCACUUGGUGUUAACCCCCUCAAGUGGAGACGAUUAUCUACACAUAAUUUGGCACUUUCCAUCUGAGUAGAGGAGAGCUAAGGUUGUGCAGUGGAGUGGAGCUACAUUUCAUUGGGGUUUAAUUGUGGUGAUCCUUACCCAUUUUUAUGUGCUGUGUUGGUCUGUCUACAAGUACGACGUCGUCGGUGACAAGCAACUUUAUGAAUGGGAGCAAUUUCUCUCCCCAUUAGUUUAUGCCCUCUCAGGAUUCUGUGCCAAUCCUUUUUGAAGUUAACGCUACUUUCUGUACCUGAUUUGCUGUGAAUAGCCUUCGAGGACUGGCUGUUAGUUUUGUUGGUCUUCUAUUACAUCGCUACGUUGAGAAAUGCUUGAUCGGGAAUUUGGGUCGGAGUAAAAAAAAAAACCAGACAAAUCUUAUGGCGACAGCGACAAAUAUACCGAUGAGCGAGGACGAAGAUCUCCAGUCGGAUCCGGUUCAGGGUGACCUGUCCUAUGGCUCGUUUGCAGCCAUGGAUUUCAUCAUACUCAAUGUAAAUGGCGUGGACCUCUCGAAGGCAACGCAUGAAGAAGCGGUGGAGGCCUUCAAGAACGCCGAUGAGCCCAUCAUCGUCCAGGUGCUACGGAGGGCGACUAGGAACAAGGCGACGGGGGACAAAGACUGCGCCACACUAUGUAACGUCGGCACACAGACAGAUCUACAGAGUGAAGACUUACUGUGGAAGGUCCUACAGAGAUGCCCGAGUCCACUGGAUACUAGUAAUGGCGGAAUCGUCAUCGACGGGCUUUGUGAGAUAUCCCCACAGGAGCAAAUGACAGUCAUUGACGAUGACCUCAUGCAUGACCUGGACGCUAUGGACAAUUUGGACAUUCCCAUCAUAGAUGAGGACGGCAUGGACAAAGCUUAUGAAAUGGAGUAUGAGGAUAUAACAUUAACGAGAGGCAGUGAUGGAACCAAACUAGGUUUGACACUUUGUUGUUUUAGAGAAGAGGAUGCUGGGGUCAUCAUCAGUGAGGUUGAUCCCAACAGCAUAGCAGGUGAUGAUGGCAGAAUCAGAGCAGGGGACCAGAUACUACAAAUCAAUGGUGAAGAUGUACUCAACAACGACCAAGCCCUGUCAUUAUUUGCACAGAAGUCUGAUACUACCUCAAUACUAGUCUGUAGAUCGCAGUUGCAAUAUGACGAGUGUCUUUUUGACGAGAACUCCUUACUGGAGGACAUACAGCUAGACAUGCUUGAACAAACACACCAAGAGUCCAUGCAGUUUACAUCUUGCUUACUAGCAGAUCAUGACAGCACACAACUUGAUGACGACAGCAAAACAGACACAACAGGAACCACUGAAACAACUUCCCUCCACCAUGAAAAGGACAGCGGGGUUGGCCGCGCUACAGACGAGAGCGUCCGCAACGAUGAAAGCUCCGGGCAGGAGAACAUCCCCGAUGACUGUAGCAGCACACAUCAGAAAUACCCAGCUCAGCAGCCGAGCCUAGGCAGCAGAGACCUGAGGUACAGCAACGACAGCUUCAUAUCAAACGGUGUUGGAGACCCAGAGUUCCCAGGGCAUGAGAUCUCCCUGGAAGACUGUAUGAAAUUUCAGGCCGCUCUCGAGAGCAAAUGCGAUAAGCACAUGAGGAGUGACACGGACGAGAGUAUGAGGGGGAAGGAGUCCAAAGUGAUGAGGCUUGGAUCAGACUCGAUGGAGACUACCAGUCUGAGCGGUGAUUCACUCAGUCGCACCAGCCGCAAUCGCUCUGGGGCCAGUGAUCAGGAUGAGGGCACAAACCACAGGGAUGCCUCAAAGAGUAAUGUAUGGGUGACGCAACAAAAUGGGCAGAAGGGUCUGAUACCCAACGGAAAGCCACAGGGUAGCCCGGAGGAACCAGAGUACCACGGUUGUGAGCAGGAGUCCAGGAAACUGGAGAUGAUUGUUGAGAACGGACAGGUUGGUAGUCCGACACACAGACCAACUGACCUUGGUCUGGAUUCCCUAAGAGACUCUGAUACUCACCUCCCACAGAUCAGCCCCCAUGAACAAGACACCAAAACCAUGACAUCGAGCUCUUCAGGUUCAACAAGACAGCAUCGUGCUCCACGCACAGUCCCUGGCAGCCCUAGUAGGAGUAAGUCUUCUUCCGGUUCAAGAGACCGAUCAAAGAGCUCAAGCUCAUCGGGAUCUAGUAAAGAAAAGACAAGUCCAGUGAAAGUAGCAACAAGUAGGAAAGACUGUCCUGUUAGGCAAACCCCACCCCCUCAUCCAUCAAUACCGUACCAGCGACGACCAGCAACCAAUCCUCACAUGCGUUCACAGCAGUUUGUACACCGCAAUCCAUACUUCCUGCAACAGGAAGAGGCAGCAGCUCAUCUCAUCACCCAGAACUGGAAGCUUCAACAGCAGAAUCUGCAACUCAAGAAGAGCCUAGAAUCUCUGGGCCCUAACCAGAAGCUGCACUCAUGCCAGUCCAUCAUGUCCAUCCCAAGCCAUGCCAAACACUAUCGCAGCUAUCUACACCUGGUGAACCAGAAUGAGGAGAACUCCCUCGGUACCAGUCAACCCAACAAGAAAAUCAUCAACCGCGACGAGUGGAAGGUGAAGAUCAGAAGCGACGGGACACGCUACAUCACAAAAAAGAACACCAGAGGUAAGAUCCUGAAGGAUCGUGCGAAUAAGAUCCAGGAGGAACGUGGCGGGUUGACGACGGAUGACGAGGCGGUGAGUGAGAUGAAACUGGGCAAGUACUGGAGCAAAGAGGACCGUAAGCGACAUCUAGAGAGAGCUCGGGACCAGCGUCUUCGACGCGAGUACAUGAUGCAGUCCCGCAUGGAAUGCCUACAGGAGCAAAUGGAAGAGGAUGGCAAGAAAGAACCGAACAUUGUAGAACUAAGCCAACGCAAGAUGCUGAGGAAGAAAAGCGCUCGCAAAAUGAUGCUCGACGACUUCACUACAGUUGAAGAGAUGCUUGUCCACGGUACGAGAGUCAGCCCAGAAACUGCUAAAACAUUCUGUAGUAACCCACUCCUUAACGUCACAACAGUAUGACACCUUAAUAAUAUACCCUCUUUUUUUUAAACGCAAUUUACAGCAUAAUAACAAAAACAAGUGAUGAAGCCAAAAUAAGAUAUUUAUUACUUAAAGUGCAAAAAGAAAAUGUUGAUGUAAUCACAUAGCGGUUGUGAUGUGUUUGACAUGCUGCUAAUCAGCAGUAUGUAAUGCUGGUCUAGAUACUUGUAAAUAAUAUGGGGUUAUUAUUAUUAUUAUUGUUUUUUAUUAUCACUAUCAUUUUAAUUAAGACGAAUGGUCUUUUCUCCUUCCUCACUCUUGCCAGUUUUGGAGGAAUAAAACUGAUCUUAUGUUGGAUGCCUCUCACGGAGGAAAAGUGUAAAUGCAAACAGGGUUGCUCUGUAAUGCAUUUAUAUAUUUAUUGUUAUUUUAUUUCUUCAUUUUUUUUUCCAUUUCAUUUUCAUCUCUGUUCAUUUUGUUUGGUUUUUAAGUAUAAACAAAAUUCCAAGUUUAGCUUUGAAUUCCAGUCUAAGCUAUUACUUUGAAGAAACUCACCGCUAUAGUCACCACUAAAAUUGCAGACAAUGAAAGACCAACUAUUCAUUAUGGAUUGCCAAAUGAAAUAUUAUGGGAAUGUUUCUAACAAUAUUUUACAAAACUGUUUUGGGGCCCAGAAACGGAGAUAAAAGUUCUCAAGCUGGUUCAGCACAACUUUACAAUAUUCGGAGUAAGUAUAAGUUUGGAGAAAGUCUGUACGCAAGGUAUCUGUAAAACGGGAAAAAGGGGGACAAGAAAGAACUCUGUUUCAAAAGACAAAUAUCAAUGGUAGGAAACUUUAAACACCUAGAUAAAUAUGUCAUGCAGGGAAUGGUAUUUUUCCGGAAAAAAUAUAGACUAUCUCAGACAGACACCAUGAAUGUUCAAUGAAUUUUGUUUGGACUUUAUCUGAUGAAAUACCUCUGGUUCUUAUGCUUUGACAAGAUACUAUCAAUCUUGUGAGUUAUCUAAAGAGAACCUUCUCAAGGGGCUCUGCUGGGCCUCCCACAAGACUUGCAUUCCUUUACGAUAAACUUAUGAUCUUUCUUCUGCAACGAAACAGCUUUAAACUACCAAAGUUAGGCUCUGCCAUCAUGACAUUGGAAUGAUUGCCCCCCCCCCCCCUCCAUGGUUUUAUCUGUUCUCCUUUUCCUGGUACGAGCCAUAUGUGCUGCCUUUCCCUGCUGUCUUUCCGUUACAAGAGCUAUUUUAAGUCAGUUGAUCCAUGAAGCAAGGGGAAAUGAUUCCGGUGUUAAACAGAAAGCGUUGAAUGGCAUAAGGCAAAUAGCUUGAUGAUCAAAUCAACAUUGUUGUGUUUGUUUACGAGGCAAAGUCAAGUAGUCUGUUGAGGGGAUCGACAGAGAAGCUCUUGGAUGCAUUUAAACUGAAAUUGAUACGAGAAAUUCACACAAGUUUGUAUGUUGUCAUUUAUAUGCAAACAUUCGUUUGGGAAAAUGGAGUGCGGAAACGAAGGCGGCCAAGUUGAUUUUUGUUUAAUGUUAAAGUGGCGGACAGAUCAAACGCUUCUUGUAAUUCGCACACAAAAUUGAUCUCAAAUAUUUGCUCUCCUUAACUUAAUUAUCCACAAUGCCCUUAAGUUGUCCCUAUGGUCCAUUGUCAUAGUAUUGUUGAGAAGGAGCUGUUACUUAACUACUUCAAAUUAUCAACAAUUUAUUUCUGCUCUUCACAAAUUUGUGUGUGAUAUAUGCAGAGUCAUGAAAUCAGGUCAUGGUCGUGUCUUUUUGAACGGUAUCUACAUGGUAAAUUAGUUUCAUGAAUAUUAUCAUUUGGAUAAAUUCCCUUCGUUACCCGUUCUGUUUUUUUUUUUGGGGGGGGAGGGUUGCUCCGUACAAACACUUCAUAAUAAAACACCUGAAGAGAGGAAAUAGUGUUGGGAGUUCUUUUACAAUACUGCUGAAGACAUUGAUUUGUAGGUUAAAUGUUUCCAAAUGCUUGUGUAGCUUGUGAUGCAGCAAUUUGACAUUGAUGAAGUAAACAUGGUCAAUCGGAAUUGUGGAUUUGAAGAAAGAUUUCUUUUAAGCAUCAAAUUGUUUCUAUUGUUAUUUUUAUUUAUGAUAUCAUUCUUUCACAAAUUAUAAAUUAUCUAAGUACCUUUUCUAAAUUCUUCAUCUGCACUUCAAACAAAGGUUUGUUCAUUAUGACCGGUUUUGAAACUGAGUCUGUUUUUUUGUACAAUUGCCAAGUAAAUGGUGACUCAAUGAGUUUCCCUCUGGUUUCAGAAUUUGAAAUUAAUAUCUACAUUGUUAAGUUUUUAUUAGGGAAGACUUGACACCAAUCAAAGUUUGACUUGAAUGAAAGCUGCUACUAUUCAAGCUAUUGUCUGUUAUUUUGUCCGUUAACAUUGUGAUAUUUUAUGUAAACAAUUUCACUUAUUUUAAAAGAACUAAUGCUUGCAUUGUUGUCAAGCAUUCUCUGUAAAUUGUAAAUUGUAAGUAAACCACAUAAGAAAUAUAUUAUGAGCUAUCUCUGUAUUUAAGUAUAUGGUUUAAGUUGAGCCUUUUUUGAAAUGUAAACAUUCGUGGACCAAUUUUCAUAGAUCUGCAAAGCAACAAAAACUAAAUUAUAUGAAUAAUAGAAAGGCAAAGAAAACCUGAAUUCUAAUGAAAAGUAUGUUUUGCCUAACACCAUUGCUUGUAUAAAUGUAUAUUAAUUUGGUUUGCGGUAACACCAUGUGUGUAUCUACAUGCCAGGUAGAGUUGCUCUUAUAAUAUACAUUGAUACCUCCCCAUGCAAUGCCUCAAAUCCUAUAUUGCUUGUAUACUUAGCAAGAUUUUAUAAUGCAGCUAAGCACAAACAUUCACUAACCACAGAAACCGGUACCACAAAAAAUGCCAUAUAUUUAACAUUGUUGUGACAGGUGCCCUCAAGGUUUUUGCUUAGUGAAAAACUUGCUUAGCAUUGCUUUAUGAGAUAAGAACCAGGUUAGCAUAAAUAUGCUAAAUUUCAAAGUAAUUUUUACUUUAAAAGAAUAACAUCAACAAUAACCGAUUCCAGAUAUUUGGAACUAGUUUUUUCUUUUGCAAGUCCACUUGAGUUCAACCAUUGGGUUUAACCCUUGUUUUGGUUUUAAAAGUCUUCAACAACAUUAUUUUAUCACUGGUUAGUUUUGUUUUGUCUUUGCAGAUCUAUCAAAGUUAUUAAAGGGCCUGAUGAUAUUUUAGUUUGUAGAGAUGAGCAGGGCUGUCUUGAUCUGGCUCACAUACUGCUGGUAUCUUUGUGUGACGACAUUCUGUUUCCACAGAAUCAACUCUGGUGCUAUAUUAUGGGAAAGGGCAAUGGCCGAAGCUAUAAUGCUUUCAAAAGAUUUCACUAAAAGACCCAAUUGACAGAGUACUUGAUAUAGUACUAUGCAUUAUCACGUUGAAGUGAAACUGAAUUUACAGCUUUGUUUUAGUGUGACAAAAAUAAAAAGUUAAAUUCAAACCAAUAUAAAUAACAAACCUGGAAUUAUAUGCCAUAUUUAGAUACAUGUGUUUCAGCUUCUGUAAUUGUUGUAGAUGUUUUAACCCACAGUUACAUAAGGGCAGUACAUGUGCGAGCCUAGUGCAUUCUGUCUGAAAAGUGAAGUUUUUACAUUGGCUGCAGAUAUCUGCACUUAUUGGUAUAUUAGGCCGUGUCCGAAACGGCAUCUACGGUAAUUCUACUGCUAGAUUGCGCGCAUCUGCCUAUUCUUAAACAUUGUAACAGGCUGAUCUAGCCGUAGCUGUAGCCGAAGUCGCCAUUUCAGACAUGGCCUAAGUCUCCACAAGGUUCGGGGUGUUUAACCAUUAAAAGGUUAAUGUCAAAAAUUUGAUUAAUUGGUGAGUUAAAAAACUUGUUCCUUGUAUAGGAACAUCACUCGCACCCAGUUGAGCUUUCAGGUACUCAUUUAUAUUUCCUAAAUAAAAAUAGCAUUCUUUGAUAUUCUGUCACUUCAUAAAUUUACUCGUUUCUAUUGGGUAAUAAUAUCUUUGUGACUUUACUUCUAUCAACAGCUGAUGUUGUUCAUUCAUUGAUUUGAAAUUUCAAUUUUUAUGAAUGGUAUCUGUCUUGGUUCUCAAAAACAAAUAAUUCUACAUAGAUAUUACCCUCCAAAAAUACCUGUUUGUUUAGAAUAUUCUGAAACAGUGUUGUAACUGUUUGGUAAAAAAUACCUGCAAUGUGCCUGUAUGAUUGCCUGCAAGCUAUAGACCUUCAUCAUGCUGCCGCCAUCUUGAUUUUUCUUCCGUUCAACUCAAUGUAACCAAACCGAGGCUAGAAGGAGAAAUAGUCUGGUUCCUUUUUGUACACAGAAUAUUAGCAUUCAUUGAUGUUGUUGGAUCAUGACCAAGAUGGCAGCAUGAUGAUAAUGGUCUAUUCACUUUACCUUUUACUUCCAGUGUGUUGGUAAUACUUGGGGGCAGAAAAUAAAGUCAAUAACUAUGUAUGAAGUUCAGUCAAGCUGUUGUGGAUGUGUACUUGCUGUCUAUGGUUCAGCUUUGGUAUUUAAAUAUAGACACCUUAUCACUGCAAAUUGUAGCCUCUCCCUCCAGCCUCAUUCACCCACUCCUUCCUCCAACUCCAAUCCAUCCCUUACCAAGUCAAUAAAGCACUUGUAUAAAAAAUGUAUGUGAUGUAAAUGACUGUAGAAAAACUAUGGAAAAGCACUGUAAAGAAAAAGUAUUGUCAAAAUACAACACAAAACUACACAGUGGCCAUAAGUUCUUCUUCUUAUUAUGAAACAAGCCCUGUAUUGUUUGUAUAUAAACUUCACAAAAUAAAUAAUACCAGAUAUGAACGAGAAA